AUGAGUGCUCCAGCGUACUAUGAGCUGUACCGGGGCAGCAGCAUUGGACUAUCCCUGACAGAUACCCUCGAUGAUUUAAUUAACGAGGGCCGCAUCGAACCCCAGCUGGCUAUGAAAAUACUGUCCAACUUCGACCGUGUCAUUACUGAAGUCCUGGCGGAUAAAGUGAAGUGCAAGCUCUCAUUCAAGGGGGAUACUCCCCGCCUGCACUGGCGGCGAUAUCUCGUAAAUAUCACCUUCAAGACAGAAUUUGAGCAUGGGUCGGAAAUGUUAGAAGGGAUUCCGUUCCCUGGAGUUUGGACAGGAAAUGGCGUUUGCGGUAACUUCUUCGAGGAGAUUCCAAGGCAUGGUAACGAGAACAUAAUGACAUUGCUUCUGGAGAUACACGGCUAG